UUAUGUCGCCAGUGUAUUGGCCGAACGUCUACAGUUGGGAUUGAUAUGUUGCAGUUGAAGUACCGCAUCCUAGUUAUAGGACAUGAUGCUCCCACAGUUUGACACAAGUGACAAUGUAAUCUAUAUAUGGAUGCAUGUUGGGGUCAGUCAGGUUGGCCACGCUUCUCUGCGUCUGAGUAACGAUGAAUAUGUAAGCUGGUGGCCCCAAGAAGGGACAUCAAAAUGUGGGUUUAUGAAGAAAAGAAAUAAAUGCAACGGCAGCCUUCAGGAUGACAUUAGAGAGGAGGGCAUGGAUCCUGACUACACCUUCAACAUACCCUCCACACACCUGGACCUUGUUAAAAUGACAACGUAUUGGAACCAACAGAAAAGCACGGGGCACUAUUCCCUUCUGGAUCAAAAUUGUUGCUGGGUGGUGUAUCAUGUCCUUCAUGCGGGCGGCGCCCCAAUGAGCCAAACAAUUCUCUGGAGACCAGAAACUUUACGUAGGUACUUGGUUAUUUACCUGGGUGGUGGAUCAAGUUUUAGGGCUUAUCUGAACAUGCCAACCUUCGAUUCCUUCUUUCAAAGAGAAAAUCAUUUUGUACACAUGGAAGGCCCGAGAUGAGACUGAAUGCCACUAUUCACUAUUGCUUGAUUACUCAGUGUACGUGAGCUGGUGGCCCCGUUGCUCUUCGUCAUCAGAACAUGCUGCGUCCAGCUUAGAGGAAGAUCGAAGAAACAUUGGCAGAGAAGAAGAUAAGAGAUGUAUCCUUCCUGCCUAUGCGCUGGAGUACCACUUCAUGAGGAGACGUUGGAAGCAAAUGAUGGGAGAGGAUCUUUCUCAAAUGUGGGGUGUUUCGUCGGAAGGGGUGAUACGACAAAUUCUGACAGCAGGCGGCGUUUCUACUUACCUAAUGUCAACAAUAAUAGUGCAUAAAUUUUAGAAAUACUCCACGCGAUCUAAACAUCAUCCAUACUCAAUUGACCAUUACCAUUGACCAAUGACGAUUGGAUGGUGUCCAUUAUCCAAACUUAUUGCAGGUUCUGGUUUAACUCAUGGACUUUGUCAUGCACGCUGAAAGAAAGGAAAACAGACACUUUACUCAAGUCAGUAUCAGAUCUGGGAAUUUUAGACAAUAAAGGCAGA